GGCAGGGGCGGGGCCGCUUCCCGGAUCUCGAGGAGGGGGCGGGCCGGGGGCGGCGGCCUGGCCGGGCGCGCGCAUCCCCCGCAGUUCGGGCGUGUGUAGCGCGCCGUCAGGCAGUCCCGCGGAGAAGCUGGAGGCUUCGGGAUGUCGAGGCUGCCCGCAGUCCCAGAGCAGGGCUGCCCCGGGCCGAGCGAGCUGGACUCUCGGCGCGCAGGCUUCGUGCUGGGGUUGGACGUGGGCAGCUCUGUGAUCCGCUGCCACGUCUAUGACCACGCGGCGCUGGUCCGCGGCUCCAGCGCGCAGAAGGUAGAAAGUCUUUAUCCUCAAAAUGGCUGGGUUGAAAUUGAUCCUGAUGUUCUCUGGUGCCAGUUUGUUACUGUAAUAAAAGAUUCUGUCCAAGCUGCAGGAGUAGAGAUGAAUCAAAUCGUUGGUCUUGGCAUUUCAACACAGAGGGCAACCUUUAUUACAUGGAACAAGAGGAGUACCAUGAGUGGUGGGGUUUUUGUGCAUGCUGUUCUUGCCAAGUCCUUCACGCUGAUAACAAAACAGAGGCUGGCACAUAGUAGGAAAACGGGAAAUCAUUUUCACAACUUCAUUAGUUGGCAAGACUUAAGAGCUAUUGACCUUGUAAAAUCUUGGAAUAGUUCUCUUAUAAUGAAGCUGAUCCACAGUUCCUGCCGAGUGCUUCACUUUGUCACUAGAAGUCAACGAUUCUUAGCAGCCAGUUUGUUCACUUUCACUCCCCAGCAUGUUUCUUUGAGAUUAGCCUGGAUUUUACAGAACCUGAUUGAGGUGCAAAAGGCAAUUGAAGAGGAUAAUUGCUGUUUUGGAACUGUUGACACCUGGUUGUUACAUAAGCUCACAAAAGGUUCUGAAUUUGCAACAGAUUUUUCAAAUGCCAGUACAACUGGACUUUUUGACCCAUAUGAGAUGUGUUGGAGUGGGCUCAUUACCUCCCUACUUUCAAUACCACUUUCUCUCCUGCCUCCUGUGAGGGAUACAAGCCACAAUUUUGGAUCAGUGGAUGAAGAGAUAUUUGGUGUGCCUAUACCAAUAGUGGCCUUGGUGGCGGACCAGCAGUCAGCCAUGUUUGGGGAAUGCUGUUUCCAGGCAGGGGAUGUGAAACUAACCAUGGGAACCGGCACAUUUUUGGAUAUUAAUACUGGAAGUAGCCCGCAACAGACUCUUGGAGGCUUUUAUCCACUAAUUGGGUGGAAGAUUGGGCAAGAAGUCAUUUGCUUAGCUGAAGGCAAUGCAGGAGACACUGGUACUGCCAUAAAAUGGGCUCAGCAAUUAGAUCUUUGCACAGAUGCUGCCGAGACUGAAAAAAUGGCCAAAAGUUUAGAAGAUUCUGAAGGAGUUUAUUUUGUUCCAUCAUUUAAUGGAUUGCAGGCUCCAUUAAAUGACCCCUGUGCAUGUGCCUCUUUUAUGGGCUUGAAGCCUUCCACCAGUAAAUACCAUCUUGUACGAGCAAUAUUGGAGUCGAUAGCUUUCAGAAACAAACAGUUAUAUGAGUUGAUGCAGAAAGAGGUCCAUAUUCCAGUAACAAAAAUCCGGGCAGAUGGAGGAGUUUGUAAGAACAAUUUUGUCAUGCAGAUGACAUCAGACCUAAUUAAUGAGACUAUAGAGAGACCCGCGCACACUGACAUGUCCUGCCUGGGUGCAGCUUCGCUAGCCGGCCUUGCCGUUGGGUUCUGGACUGAUAAGGAGGAACUAAAGAAACUGAGGCAAAGUGAAAUGAUUUUCAAGCCACAGAAGAAAUGGCAGGAAUAUGAAAUGAAUAUGGAAAACUGGGUCAAAGCCGUGAAACGCUCCAUGAAUUGGUAUAACAAGACGUAGCACUCACUGGAUGACUGAAACCACAGAUGACUGGUUGAUAUGACAGGCACAGGAGAUAAAGCUCAGGGAUAAUCAAUACAAUGAUGAUGAGAAGAGAAGAUUUAAAUGAGCUUUGCCCAAGCAAAACCAAACAAAAAAACCCUCAUUAUUUUUUUCAUCCAAACCUUGGUAACAGUGUAAGGCAACAAUACCUCAAAAUUUUGUAUCUUCUGUUUUGUAGCAAAUUCCAAAGGAUGUUAGCCAUUUCCAAUGAUAUUUUAACAGUUGUGGGUCCUCUGCCUUUUUAUACAGGGUCAGUGGUACAUAUGAACAUGAUUGUUUACUAUCUGAGUUAAUAGUUCUGGGUCAAGCACCUGGGUCAAGCACAUCAUGCUGUGUUCCAGAAUCAUGUGAAAAGUGCUCCCAUAAUUCUUUAAAAUUAAGUGGGCUCUUCAAAGUCCAUAUAGCCAAAAAGUAAGAAAAAGAAAUGUCAAUUUUUGAAACAAAUAUUUUAUAUUUAAAACUAUAAUUGUUUGAUGUGGUAUCCUAAUAUGAGCUCUCUGUGUCCCUCUCAGGCUUAUUUGUUAGUAACUUCUUUCUUUUAUUGGGCUUAAAAACACUGCCUUAAUUUUUCCUUGUUUAACCAAAAGCGAAGCAUUGUUUAUGAAUUGGAAAACACUGAAGAAAUCAUUUUAGUUAAUGAAACUAAAAGGGGUAUUGAUUCAGGAGGAACAAGAAAAUACUGUAGUUUCCUUCUCAAACCUCAUUUCUUACGAAAACUUCUGCUGAAGUACAGCAUCCUAUUUUUUACAAAAUGCAAAAGAUUUAUAAAUCUUGCCUUUCUUAUCGUGAUCUUUAUCUUUCUUAGUUACUAGAUGCUUUCAUAAGUGUCUUUUGUUUUUAUUAAGUGCCUCAUUGACAGAGCUUAAUUUCAAGAAAGUGUCCUGAUUUAUUGGUGAUUGAAGAAUUGCCUUCAUUGGGGUAUUUGACUUGUCCAGCUAUCUUUUUUUUUCUGUCCAGUCUGCUGAUCUCUCUGAGACAUGUGCUGUAGGUAGAGGUAAUAGGGGUGUAUUCGUGCUAAUUCACUGCCCUAUGACCACUGAGCCAGAGCUCCACAGAGACGACCAGCACCAGGUCUACAUUCUCUAACUUUCUUGAUAGAAACAAUGUAGAGGAGGAGUGAGAGUUGUGAGUAGCUUCAGACCAAGUGUAAAAUUGUCCUAAGGCAGUUGACUACCUUCCAGCCUGUUCUGUUAUUGCCCCUCCCUAAAUGUGGGUUAGGUUUGUUUCAGAUUAGUAGCAAUAAUGAAUUUAUUUCUCUCUUGGUUAGUCUUUAUCACAUGAAAUCCUACUGUUACCAGAGCUAGGUGUAAAUAAUAAUGUAAUUAAAGAAGUGACUGUUAAUGGGAAUUUUGUGGCUGCUAUUAGAUAUGUCUGUUUCAGGAGAGUUAGACACAUAGAACUAAGUAUCAAAUUGCAUUUCUGCAAAUUCCAUUUCAGUGAACUUUGUCAUCUUAAAUUAUUAAAAAUUUUUGAUGGAGUCAUUAGAACAAAUAUAGAGUAUCAGUAACUCCAUUAAUUAAGAGUUAGAAAUAUUUUUAGGUAGAGGUGUUUUGUUUACUGUAAGUCAGAUCCCAAUAUGUAGAUAGAAUCUUACUCUUUUUUUCUUUUCUUUCUUCUGUCCUUUUUAUGAAGCUUAGUAGCCAAUUAAGGGCUUUCUUACCAAAAUUAUUUGAAAGCUGCAUAUUAUUUCUUACAGAUUCUGCUUCUCAGCAGGUCUGAUAUCAUAGAAAAUAAAGUCUUUUUCUGUUAGGAUAUACUGAAUUAUAAUAUGUUAGUUUAGGAAAUGGUUGUUAGCAAAAAGAGGUUGGUAGUAUCUUCGAGUUUCAACUUCGCUGGUUAAUGAGGUAAAAGAGAAUCUCAUGAUAACAUUAAAUUGUCGCCUGUUUUUAUCUACCAUCCAUGUCCCUAUGAUUGCAUCCUCUGUGGUCUUAAUGAGUGGGUUCAUGACUUCAGUAUAGGGUUAAUGUCUUCAGAUCAUCUUUGAUUUGAUCUUCCUUUUCAUCUCUUAACAAAAGAGAUGAUCACUCUCUUUUAUCUGCCUCUGGGCAAGACUCCACUAAACUGGAAGUUCCCUGAACGCAGAAACCACAUCUACUUCCACAGAACUGAACUCUGUGCCUUCAUUAUCUGUGGGAUGAAAUUUUUACUUUAUAAGUGCAACUUUUUUUUGCAUAUGUGUUUUAUUCUUAAUGUUACAUACAUUUGUUGAUAGGGGACAGUUUUUAUUAUAAGUAAAAUAUGUUUUAUUGGAUUAAGAAGGGCUACUUUGUUUUGAGAGCUAGAAUCCUUAUAAUGCUUAAUUUAAAAAUUAUUUAUGUUUAUAUAUAUGCAUAUAUAUUUGUGUAGGGAUAGUCAUUCAUAAAUAUACAGUUAUAUUAACUUUCUAAGGUACAAUUAAAGCCUUUCUCUUCACUGGCUGUGACUAUGGAUGACUAACAGAUUGAAUCUUAAGAACACUGGUGUUAGAGGGAAGAAACUUCAGAGUUAGCCCCUUCUGCAAGGCACUAGUACUGGGGACCAAUCUUUAAUUAAAGAUCUAGCUGAGAAGUUUGGCAAGAAUUUUUUAAGUCUUUGAGGGGAGACGUAGCUGGAUACUGGAGUUGUUCAAUUUUGAGUGGGUCUAGAGUCAUCCCAGAUAAGUCAGGAAGGCUUGAAUGUAACCCAGAGGAUUCUGAAUCUCUUUGGCAAAUUUAGAUCAUGUUUCUCAGUUAGAAUUAUACCAUACUCUGGACCUGUCUGGUCCUAGAAUCAUCAUCAGCCUAAAGCCAGGUUAUGUAGUUCAAACCAGUCAAAAUGGGUAGCCCCGAAGAAGUCAAAUAGGUGAUCCAGAAUCACAUUGGAUUUUAAAAUUUUGGAGCAACAUUGCCAUGAAUAUUUUUAUACUAGCAUCUAUUCUAAGUUACUGUCUUGUCACCAUAUUCCCAUGGGAUCCUUCCCCUAGAGGAAUGCAGAAAUGAUCUUGUCAAUGGGAAUGAUAGAGGCAGGAACCUCCAGAAUCAGGUAUUCCUGAAAUUCUCUGUUCCAUUAUUCUAUUUCCACUGUUUUUCCCCCUUUGCUAUAAAUUUGGUUUAUUAAAAUAAAGUAGCCAUAUCUGUACAGAUACCUCUCUUACAUAUUUAGAAAAUAAGUGAUAUAAGCUUUCCAAUUUAAAUGAGCCAUAUCUUUACAAGAAACUGCCAAACUGUUUUUCAGAGGAGCUCUACCAUUUUACAUUCCCACCAGCAGUAUAUGAGUGAUCCAGUUUCUCCACAUCCUCACCAGCAUUUGAUGUCACAAUUUUUUAUUUAGCAAUAGGUGUGUGGUUUUCUCAUUGUGGUUUUAAUUUGCACUUUAAUUAAUAAUGAUGUUGAACAUCUCUUCAUGUGCUUCUUUGCCAUCUGUUUAUCCUCUUCAGUGAAAUGUCUGUUCCUCUUUUGCCCAUUUGCUAAUUGAGUUGUUUGCUAAAUGAGCCAUAUCUUUAAAUGAGUAUCUUUUUUAAAAACUUAAAAAAAUAUCAGUCCAGUGACUAAAGAAAUUAUUAAGUAGCAUUUAAAAAUCCUUCUAGGCAAAAUGUAUAUAGUACUUGAACACGAUUUUAUAAAGUACUGGGCAGAAGAGUUCUCAUAUUCCUUCUGCACUCAUUAGUGGGUACUAAUACUGCAGAAUAGCAAAAAAGUUUCAAAGAUACAUUUACUUAGAAUGUUAAAUAGAGUGUACAAAUAUGUACUUUGUGCAUAGCUAUCAUAAUGUUUCUAAUCUUUUUUAUUUAAAAUAAACUUGUUUGUGUAAAUGUUUCAAAAUGA